CAUGAUUUUGCCGCCCAUAUCGCAGCUUCAUAGACAUCACUCCCCCCAAACACCAUGACAGAACCAAGUACUCUUACCCAAGGUGUGCAAUGUGUGUCAAAAGACACACCCCUCGUCGAGAUUCUCGCCCACAUGAAACGUGAUGGCGGGGUGAUCAUCGAGAACCUCAUCGCCGAAGAAGACAUCGACAAAACCAACGAGGAGGUCAAGCACCGACUAGCCCAGGACGUAGAAUGGGACGGCGUGUUCUUCCCCAAAGAAACUAAACGCGCCAACUCCAUGAUAGCAGUCAGCCCAACCUACACCCAAACCCAGCUCAUGAACCCGACCUUCCAGGCGAUCUGUGCACACUUCCUGACCACGCGACACUGGUUCUGGUGGGGCGAAGAACGCAAGGAAUCCGUCUCCAAGCCCUACGUAUCGUCCUGCACGGCCAUGGAGAUUGGGCCCGGCGCCAAAGCCCAGCCUCUGCAUCGAGACUCCUUCGUGAACCAUACCUGGCUCCCGGAGAUCGAGGCGUGGGACGAUGAACGCGACAAGCAUCGCGAGUCGGAGAUCGGGAUGAUGGUUGCGGGGUGUAAAGUCACCAAGGAGAAUGGGGGGACGGCGUUUAUUCCAGGGAGUCAUUUGUGGGGCACCGACCGCCCCCAACCCCCGAAAGCCCAAGACACCAUCUCCGUCUGCAUGGAAAAAGGCGACGCCUUCAUCCAGUUCGCCUCCACCUAUCACGGGGGUGGCAGCAACACCACCACCGACCAGAAGCGACUGUGCUACGCCACCUUCAUGGUGCGUGGCUAUCUGCGGCAAGAGGAGAACCAGUUCCUGGCUGUUCCCAAGGAGGUGGCCCGGAGGUAUGACCGGCCCAUCCAGGAGGUGAUCGGGUAUUCGUUGAGUGACCCGGCGUGUGGGUACGUGGAGCAGCUGGAUCCGAUCUAUGCGCUGCGGCCGGAGUUGUUGGGGGAGGCGAGGCCGAGGGAUUGGUGAUUGCUGGGAAAAACUAGGCCUGGUGGAGUAGGUAGAAAUGGCAGGGAUUUUUAUUCUGGAGUGGACGAGUCCUG